GCAGAAGGACGAGCCCGGUGGGACGCUGCCGCUCAGCCUCCGCACGCCGCCAGUCAACCAUGUGACACGGAGCGCAUGAUGUACUUGCGGCCGCGCUGAAAGAAGUCUGACACCCGUCACUCUGCGCCGGGGGAGGCCGGCGCUUCCGCACAGGGUCAGAAGUGUGGCGGAUCUGUGUCUCUAGCCCCUUCCCUGAAAGCAUGGGCACCGCAACUCAGGGCAUCGUCCUACUGGCGCUCCUCGCGGUGAGCCGCACGGCGGGCCACGUCAACGGAACCGGUGAUGCGGCGGACGGGGGUGAGCCCCUGUCCCUCCGGCGCGUGGACGAUCACAGCGCUGGCUCACCCAGCCCCCUCGAGGGACAGGAGGCCUGCUGCGACGGCAACGGCUCGGCCCGGACGCCGGCAGCGGUGCGACCGCCCCCCUGCAGCACGCCCACCUUCAUCGACCAUUACUUCAAAUACAUCAACACGGUGCUCUCGUGCCUCGUGUUUGCCGUGGGCAUCGUGGGCAACGCCACGCUGCUGCGGAUCAUCUCCCAGAACAAGUGCAUGAGGAACGGACCCAACGCUCUCAUUGCCAACUUGGCCCUGGGAGACCUCAUCUACAUCACCAUUAACAUCCCCAUCAACGUCUAUAAGCUCCUGGCGAUGCGAUGGCCCUUCAGCGAUUCCGACUUCGGCCUUUUCCUCUGCAAGCUGGUGCCCUUCAUCCAGAAAUCCUCAGUGGGCAUCACCGUACUCAACCUUUGUGCCCUUAGCGUGGACAGGUUUCGAGCAGUUUCCUCGUGGAGCCGGGUUCAGGGGGUGGGCAUUCCGCUCACGACCGCCAUCGAGAUCAUCUCAAUAUGGAUCCUCUCAACCAUACUGGCCGUGCCUGAAGCUAUUGUCUUUGACAUGGUCAGCUUCAACUACAAUAACGUGACUAUGAGGACGUGCAUGCUGAACCCCAAGACCCCGUUCAUGAUGUUUUACACCAACGCCAAGGACUGGUGGCUCUUCGGGUUUUACUUCUGCAUGCCCCUGACGUGCACGGCUGUGUUCUACACGCUCAUGACCUGCGAGAUGCUGCAGCACAGGAGCGGCAGCCUGAGGAUCGCGCUGAGCGAACACCUGAAGCAGAGGCGGGAAGUGGCCAAGGCCGUCUUCUGUCUGGUGCUUAUUUUUGCGCUCUGCUGGUUCCCGUUGCAUCUCAGCCGCAUCCUCAAGAAAAUGGUGUAUGUUCAGAAUGACCCCGGGAGGUGUGACCUCCUCAAGUUCCUGCUGGUUCUUGACUACCUGAGUAAAAAUCUGGCAACAAUCAAUUCCUGCAUUAAUCCCAUCAUCCUCUACUUUGUCAGCAAGAAGUUUAAGAGCUGUUUCAAGUCCUGCCUGUGUUGCUGCUGCCACUCGAGGGCGCUAGUGAACAGCAUGGUGCCCCUGAACGGGACCAGCGUACAGUACAAGAACCCGGAGGCCAUGAUCCACAACGCUGAGCACAGCCUACGCAAAGACAGCGACAACUGAGGCCCGCCUGGAUGCUCACGCAAAUCCGGAUGGGGGGGGGGGGGGGGCGUGCCCACGUCCUACUGGUACCCCGGUCCACCAUUCCCCAGGGGUGCGGAGAAGAAGCUGGGAUCCUUCAUGGCCAGGGAUCCAGGCUCCAGUCCGCAUCAGAAAUCUCAGGUUCAAGAAAUACUCAUUCUCUCACGGAAAGUUGCAGAAAUUCAUGGAAACAAAUUUCAAUAAUUUAUUAAUUUUUUUCCAACGAAUACAGGCAGGUAGGAGACCUUUAUUAUUUACAAGGCUUUUGGUGGUCGCUACGCACUAUUUUGAACCCAGAGGACAGGGCUGGAUCCCACAGAUGACUGAGGCGGUGUAUGCUUGCCAGUACCCUGACGGAGCCCGGCAACGGGAGCCGGACACCGCUUUACUCUAGCUGUAUACAGUACUGCUAAACCUGGUACAUGUGCGCUUUAUCAGAGUUAGUGAAUCGCGUGACGUCAGUAGCCACAGACCUGUGAAGAGAAGUGUCCUCUGAAAGGGGCCUGGAGGAGAAGAACUGUAGGGGUGGGGGUCACAACCCGCUCUCUUACCGUGAUGGAUGGAUGUGAUAAAAGCAACUCCUGAAUAUGAAAUCUGUGCCUCUGCUGAAGUUGUUAUAAUAAUGUUGAAUGAUCUUUUAUGGUGAUGACUCGCAAUCCACGUGCAUAACUGACUCUUUAAACAGUAGGGGAUGGAGCACGUGAAAGUACCGCUUUGCCGAUGAUUCGUAUCGAAGAGCACCGCGAUAUUACAAACAUUUAUCUCAAGUAGCAUGCGUGGAAACAUGUUCAUGGGACAGUUCAGAUAAUUAGCAUCACCGUCGCAUCUGAUCACAUCUAGCGAGUAAAGUGUCUUCUGAGCACUACUGGGACCUGCACCGGUAAAUGUUGUCAAUAUAAUCAGCUGCUACAAAACACUUAUUGUUUCUUCAGUCCAUAAAAAUGGGUCUCAAACCCGCAUAUAGGGAUUUGCUCAGAACUGUUCUCUUAAUUGCUCUCUAGGUACAUUAUUGAUUAUAAUUAUCAUCUGAGAACAGAUGGUAUUUGUCGGAAAGAUGGUAGUUUGCCACGUUGAUAAGAAAAUGCGCAAAGCCUAAUUUGUCAAAAAAACUACUUUUAUGAGAGGGGGAUGUGGUGGCGCGGUGGGUUUGCCUGGGUUCUGCUCUCAGGUGGGUCUGGGGAUCAAGU